CAAAGAUCACCUUAUCACUUGAAGGCUUCCAGGCUUUUAGUUUUCCAAAUUCCAUAUAGAUACACUGAGCACGAAGAGACCUUGUUAAUGAUAAUAAUUAAGUGGUGAUUUCCGAUGACUAGGCACAGAUAUGCAUUCAUUUUAUGGAAUCACAAGAUGCAUACACGUAGUACGAAUUUUAGCUUAAGUUCAAAUUUCACACAUAAAAAUUAAUCCUCAACCGUUAUUAUGUCUUUCAAAGCCUGAAUUCAACCGUCACAUUUCACUCUUAGUCCCCUGAUAGAACAUGGCCAAAGAAGAACAGAAAUUUGCAGUAGGCAUCGACCUUGGUACAACGUAUUCUUGCGUUGCAGUGUGGCAGGAGCAACAUAGUAGAGUAAACAUAAUACACAACGAGCAAGGCAACAGAACCACACCUUCCUUUGUUGCUUUCACAGAUAAUCAGAGGUUGAUUGGUGAUGCUGCUAAAAACCAGGCUGUCACCAACCCAGAAAACACCGUCUUUGAUGCUAAAAGGUUAAUUGGUAGGAAAUAUAGUGAUUCCAUUAUUCAGAAAGAGAAAAUGUUGUGGCCAUUCAAAGUCGUUGCUGGUGUGAGUGACAAACCCAUGAUCGUGGUCAAGUAUAAGGGUCAAGAGAAACAUCUCUGUGCUGAAGAAGUAUCGUCUAUGAUCCUCACAAAGAUGCGGGGGAUUGCGGAGGCCUACUUGGAAGCACAUGUAAAUGAUGUUGUUGUUACUGUUCCUGCUUAUUUCAAUGAUUCUCAGCGAAAAGCCACAAAAGAUGCAUGUGUUAUUGCUGGCCUAAGUGUUAUGCGGAUAAUCAAUGAACCCACUGCUGCAGCUAUUGCAUAUGGCCUUGACAAGAGGAAUAAUUGUGUUGGAGAGCGAAACAUUUUCAUUUUUGACCUUGGUGGUGGUACUUUUGAUGUAUCUCUCCUCACAAUCAAAGAUAAGGUCUUCCAUGUCAAGGCUACUGCCGGAAACACUCAUCUCGGCGGAGAGGACUUUGACAACAGAAUGGUGAACUACUUUGUAGAGGAGUUUAAAAAGAAGGAGAAAGUGGACAUUAGUGGGAACGCAAGAGCCCUAAGGAGGUUGAGAACUGCAUGUGAGAGGGCAAAAAGGACACUAUCGUAUGAGGUUUCUACCAACAUUGAGUUAGAUGUUUUAUUUAAGGGCAUUGACUUCUGCUCUUCAAUCACUCGUGGAAAGUUUGAGCGAAUCAAUAUGGGGCUCUUUGAAGAGUGUAUGGAGACAGUAGAUAAGUGUCUCACUUAUGCUAAGAUGGACAAGAGAAGGGUGCAUGAUGUUGUCCUUGUUGGUGGUUCGUCAAGGAUUCCCAAAGUGCAGGAGCUAUUGCAGGAAUUUUUUGACGGAAAGGAUCUCUGCACUAGCAUCAACCCUGACGAGGCUGUUGCUUAUGGUGCAGCCAUUCAGGCUGCUUUGUUGAGUGAAGGCAUUAAGAAUGUUCCAAACUUGGUGCUUUUGGAUUGCACAUCACUAUCCCUUGGUAUAUCCACAAAUGUAGGUGUCAUGAGUGUAGUGAUUCCUAGGAACACUACCAUUCCUGUAAGGAAGACCGUAGAAUACUAUACAACAAAAGAUAACCAACAUGAAGUCCCAAUUAAUAUUUAUGAGGGCGAGAGAACAAGAGCAAAGGAUAACAAUUUGCUAGGUUCUUUUGUUCUUUCUGGUUUUCCUCCUGCUCUUCGUGGCCAUCCUAUGGAUAUUUGUUUCUCUGUAGAUGCAAAUGGUAUCCUAACCGUUUCUGCCGAGGAAAAAACCACCGGCAACAAGAAUGAGAUUACCAUAAUUAAUGACAAAGAAAGGCUGUCAACUGAAGAAGUAGGAAGAUUGAUUCAAGAAGCUGAGAAGUACUUGGCUGAGGAUAAGAAGUUCCUUAGAAAGGCCAAUGCAAUGAAUUCUCUGGAUGAUUAUGUUUAUAAGAUGCAGAAGGCUCUAAAGAAGAAAGUUAUCAAUUCAAAGCUUUGCUUACAAGAAAAAAAUAAGAUUAGUUCUGCAAUUACUAAGGCCACAAGUUUGCUAGAUGAUGAUAGCAAUGAAAUUGAGGUGUUGGAGAAUUGUCUAAAGGAGCUUACCAGCCUCUUUGAAACCUUCAUGAACAAGAUUAGUUAAUUUAUUUCUAGUUAAGAUUUUUGAUGGUGCUGAGUUGUUAUUUUGUAUGUGACAAAAGCUAACCGUUCUUAUGGACAUUAUCUUAGCAUAGCUUAAUUGCUUAAGUUCAAUAUAUAUUGAAAAGGACAUGUAUAAAUUGCUAACGUGCUUGACUUGGCAGCCACCAUAAAUAUGCUGAAUUGAUCCUUGGACUAGGUCCCUGUUUACCAUUAGCUAAAAUUUUAGUAACGAUUUGUCUUGGAUAAUGUGUGCCGUACAAUAUGUCUACAUCUUCCAUAUACUGGU